AUGAACGCCGGCGCCGCUGGCAGACCCCGGGAGGGCGGAGGCGGCGAUGCGCACGGGUACCGAGAGAAGCCGAGCGCCCGCGGGAGAGGGUUGUCCUCAGAGCACCGCCGGUGCGGCGGGGUGCCUCUCAUCCUGGUGGAGUUUCCCUUCCUAUGCGCGGCGGUAGACCUUCGAGGCUCCUCGGGCACGACGGGGCGCCUGCACGGCUGCGGAGUGAGCCGCAAGCCACGGGCGUGCUUCGGGCGCUCUCGGUGCGCCGGGAGCGACUGCCGCCUUUGGGGGAGAUUGAAGGGGAUCCGCGGCGUUUUCUCGCUUGUCGAGGUGGAGGGAGGAAGGAAAUCCAGCCUCCUUCUCACCCACGUUUUGAGGUUGGAGUUGGAGCAGAACCGGUUGCAUUUUCAUUUCCCUCUUUCUGUCGUUGCAGUGUCUCCCAAAAUCAUCGAGAUCUCUUCCGACAUCUCCAUCAACGAGGGCGGCAACGUCAGCCUCACCUGCAUAGCCACGGGCAGGCCAGAUCCGACAAUCACCUGGAGACACAUCUCGCCCAAAGCCGUGGGCUUCAUCAGCGAGGACGAGUACCUGGAGAUCACGGGCAUCACGCGGGAGCAGUCGGGCGAGUACGAGUGCAGCGCCUCCAACGACGUGGCGGCGCCCGUCGUCCAGCGAGUCAAAGUCACCGUCAACUACCCGCCGUACAUCUCGGCCGCGAAGAGCACCGGGGUGCCGGUGGGGCAGAAGGGCAUCCUGCUGUGCGAAGCCUCCGCCGUCCCCUCCGCCGACUUCCAGUGGUACAAAGACGACAAGCGGCUGGCUGAAGGACAGAAAGGGCUGAAAGUGGAGAACAAAGCCUUCUUCUCCAGACUGACUUUCUUCAACGUCUCCGAGCAGGACUACGGCAACUACACCUGCGUAGCCUCCAACCAGCUAGGAAACACCAACGCCAGCAUGAUCCUGUACGAAGAGACAACUACCGCUCUGACACCCUGGAAAGGACGCUUCUAG